AUGGCUCCAAGAUCCUAUUCGAAGACCUACAAGGUUCCUAGACGACCAUUCGAGUCGGCUCGUCUCGAUUCCGAACUCAAGAUUGUCGGUGAAUAUGGUCUACGAAACAAGCGAGAAGUCUGGCGAGUCCAGCUUACUCUGUCUAAGAUUCGACGUGCUGCCCGUCAACUCCUGACUCUCGAUGAGAAGGAUCCUAAGCGACUCUUCGAAGGCAACGCCCUCAUUCGACGACUUGUCCGAGUCGGUGUCCUUGACGAAUCCCGCAUGAAGCUCGAUUACGUGUUGGCCCUCAAGGUCGAAGAUUUCUUGGAGCGAAGACUGCAGACUUGUGUCUACAAGCUCGGCCUUGCCAAAUCUAUCCACCACGCUCGUGUCCUCAUUCGACAGAGACACAUCCGAGUUGGCAAGCAGAUUGUCAACGUUCCUUCCUUCGUCGUUCGAUUGGAUUCUCAGAAGCACAUUGAUUUCGCUCUUACAUCGCCGUUCGGUGGUGGGCGACCAGGUCGUGUAAGGAGGAAGAAGGCUAAGGCUGCUGAGAAGGGUGAGGAAGGUGGUGACGAUGCUGGUGAUGACGAGGAGUAA